CCUACAAUGAAUUGACAUUUAGUAACACACCAGUUCUCUAGUGAAAACUAGUAUUUUAAUACUGGCAUCUGUGGUUUGCAUCUGUAGGUAGUCAAAGCUAGUCAAAACCAGGACAUUUGUGUAAAAGAAACACAUGUACUAACUUGCAAAAGUCACAUUUAUAAUGAAGCAUUAAGGCACGAGAGGGUAUAGUAUAUUGGCCAUAUAACACAGCCCCCCCGAGGUGCCUAAUUGCUAUUAUAAACUGGUUACCAGCGUAACUAGAGCAGUAAAAAAUACAUGCACUGUCAUACCCAUUGUAAAACAGUCUGAUAUACCACAGCUGUCAGCAUUCAGGGUUCAAACCAGCCAGUUUAUAAUUACCUAUAUAUGUUGGACUUUGACCCCCGGGGCACAGCCCUUGUAUUUAACUUCAGAAGGAAUGCCCCUCCUCUCUCACCUACCACCUCUCAACCUGCAGGUCACUGGAGGCUCCAGUGGAAUAGGGAAAAGCAUUGCUAUGGAGUGCUACAGACAAGGAGCAUUCAUCACACUAGUGGCAAGAGACGAGUGUCAAGAGAAGCUUGGUCCGGUGGACAUGCUGGUGAACUGUGCUGGAACGUCCUUCUCUGGGAAGUUUGAGGAGGUGGAGGUGGAGCGCUUCAGAAGUCUGAUGGAGGUGAACUACCUGGGCAGUGUGUAUCCCACACGGGCCGUAAUCGCCACUAUGAAGGAGCGGAGGAUGGGACGCAUCAUGUUUGUCUCCUCCCAGGCUGGCCAGAUCGGCCUGUUUGGCUACACUGCCUACUCCCCGUCCUAGUUUGCCCUUCGUGGUCUGGCUGAGUGCCUGCAGAUGGAAAUGAAGCCAUAUAACAUUUAUGUAACGGUGGCCUACCCCCCUGACACAGACACAUGAGGACUAGCAGAGGAGAAUAGGACGAAGCCUUUAGAGACCAGACUGAUCUCCGAGACGUCUGGGGUGACUCAGCCGGAGCAGGUUGCUAAAAUCGUGGUCAAGGAUGCUGUGCAGGGGAACUUCAACAGCUCUGUGGGGCCUGACGGCUACAUGCUCUCGGCUCUCACCUGUGGAAUGUCACCUGUCAUCUCCAUCACAGAGGGCCUCCAGCAGAUCGUGACCAUGGGGCUGUUCCGGACCGUCGCUCUGUUCUACCUGGGGAGUUUCGACAGCAUUGUGCGUCGCUGUAUGAUCGAGAGGGAGCAGUCCAAAGCAGCGGACAAGCGGGAGUAACACACCCACCCCAACCUCCUCCCUCAUACACCCCCUCCCCCGCCUCUCCAUCCUCCCAGAGUCGUAGCCACGAAGAACCCAACCGAGCCACCACUCCUCUCCCAUCCCCUUCUCCCCUAGAGGGCACAACCCUGGGUAGGCUAAAUGGCCAGUCAUCUCAUCCACCAGUGAUAAUAUCUAAGUAAAGAAGAUGGCGGAUGUCUUUUCCACUUGACCGAUGAUGUGACACAUACCAUUCUUAGCAACCAUUUUGUCAUUAUUCCAUUGACAUUUACUUUUUUUCCAUUCCAUGCAGAGAGGUAAGUAAGGGAUAGCCAGUCUGACAGAGUAUGUCAGCAUGUUGACCUGCAAUUCCUUUACCAAGAGUCUGACAAAAUACCAAUGCAAACAAUAUUGUAUGUCAUGCAGACCAUUCUGAGUAAGCUAGCUUAAUCACCUUAAACUCUAUCUUCACUAAAUGCGUUCUGUUCCGCCAGGGCUUCUUUCCUCUAUAUUCACUCUGUUGUAACCUGUGCCCCUCCUUGUGCUGUCUAUGUCGUGUGGUGUUUUGGCCCAUGCUGUGGAUGCAUUAACUUUGAGGUGAUUUUAGUCGUUUUGGGCUCCCGAGUGGCGCAGCAGUCUAUGUCACUGCAUGUCAGUGCAAGAGGCGACACUACAGUCCCUGGUUCGCAUCCAGGCUGAAUCACAUCCGGCCGUGAUUGGGAGUCCCAUAGGGCGGCACACAAUUGGCCCAGCGUCGUCCAGGUUUGGUCGGGGUAGACCAUCAUUGUAAAAAAUGAUUUGUUCUUAACUCAGUUGCAUAGUUAAAUAAAGGUUAAAUAAAAUAAAAACAAUAAUGAGAGAGGGCAUAGCAAGAGGGCAAUGCAAAAAUUUAAUUUGCUUCCCGGAAAUAAACAUCCAAGGCAUUUUCAAGUAGAGAGAUUGUAUGUGGAAGUACAAAGGAAUUUGUGUGUGCUGUGCAUGUAGGGGCUUUGUGAAGAAGCCGAUGGGAGAGAUUUUAAUGCAGUGUUAUUUUACAAUGUGUUUGAAGGACUAUACACUGACCCAGCCUACUCCAGGGAGAGAGAAAAGCCAUUGGACACUAGUGGUGGCUGGGAAAAAUAGAAAAACCUCAUCUGUAAUGUAUUCCUCUUAUUUGCCUGUCACUUUCACGCCAUCUUAUUUGUGUUUUUUACCUGAGGUAGAAGCGGCAGGUUAAAGGUCAGCAUGGGACAGUCAUACGAUGUAGUAGGAGAACAAAUCCACUACCAGCUGAUGACCACUCUUUGCUGUUUUCCUGAGGGGGUUGAGGGUCUUUGUAUGUGUGAUCUGUGUACAUAUUUUACCUCCUUAAUAAGAUUGAUGGGGUGCUGUCAGGACAAGGCGUGGGGUGUGACUCGCAGGUUCGAGCAAAGUCCCCUUGGGCCUAGAGAGGGCGCCAGAGCUGUAUUUUAUAUAGAGGCCAAGAGACGAAGAGGGACUGGCAAGCUCAUUGAGGAGCUCUGUGUGCUAUUGUAUUAUCUGAUUUGACAUUUCAUGCACAGUCACUGUGGACGUCAUCCAAUGCGUUCCUAUCUGAUUGUUAUUUGUCUCGGUAAGUAUUCACAGAUCCCUCCUGAAGUCCUCUAAAGAGGAAAAUGCGAGCUCAUGCAAGUCUUCCUUCCAUCGAUCAACUGUGUGGAGAAUGUGCUUCACUUUAACACAAACAAUACGCUACAAAUCAGAAAAUAUACAUCAUCUUUUGAAAAGCCACCAAUAUUUGAAUGCCAAGAUGUAUUAAGAGACCAUUUCUGUAAAGUACGAUGCAACUAUUUGAGAUUUAUUUUGUUUGAUGUUGCUUCUCUGUUCUAUCCUAGAAAUAGUUUGUAAUGCAGUCAAGCACGACAAUUGUGGAGACCCAUUCCAAGCCUUAAGAGAGAACUACAGAAGUUGAUGCUAAAAUAAUCAAAUUUCAUCCACAGAAAAAAAACUUGACUUGAGCCUCUUGUGGUUUACCAGUUAAUUUAAAACUGUUUUACCGUGUUUUUUGUUGUUGUCGCCAAUUCCAGUUUAGUUUUUGUACAAAAAGGCCUUACUCAAAACCAAAAUGACGGAAGUGAGAAUGCAUGAUUCAACUCUGAGGUUCUCAUUUGACAUUGGUUCAAGGCAUACUGUCACUGUCCAGCAAAGUGUCUGUGUCUACCUGUCAUGUUAUCAUCUGUGUGAGUUGUUUUGCUUUUAGCAACACAGUAGUUGAUAGACAUUUGGUAUAAUAUGUAGUUCAUGGACAAAGCUGUUUUGUUUUAACACUUAAGCUAUGCAAAUUAAACCUACCACCAAGUUUUAAAAUGCUCUAGUUUUCCCAUUCGUUGGUGUCGUCCAGAGAUAUUUAAAAGAUUAUAUAGAGUUUAUAAGUACAGUACUACUGAAAAUUGUCAUGAUGCAUUCUGCUUCUGUUCCCAUUAUAUUGGUUGUGUUUUGUUCUGUUUUGUUUUUGCCAAACGGGUAAGAAUUUCACCUUGUGUGCCAUUGAAAAU